AUUGAUUGUAUUUUUUUUUUGUUUGUUUUCAGGGCGUCAGAGGGUAAAACAGUUGAAAUGCCUUACAAAGGGCCUGUGGAGGUGACGGUGAAAGAUGUGCUGGGUGGAGUUCGUUCUACCUGCACAUACGUGGGUGCUGCUAAGCUGAAAGAGUUGAGUCGUCGUACCACCUUCAUUAGGGUGACCCAACAACUCAACACAGUAUUUGGUAAUGAUAAUUAAGCCAGUACUAAGGUCUAAUCAGGUCCAUAAUGGGCCAAAUUAUGCCAAAUCCAUGCAAAGGUCAUUUUAUUCUCUCUGCAGUCAGAUGCACACAUAAGCAUAUUCACACACACACACACACACAUGCAUACAUACACACACCUCACAUCAUCAUUUAGUGUUUUUGGGCCCGCACAUAAGCUUUUGAAUUCAAAGGCUUUCCCCAGAUGCUGUAUUAAGGCCUAAAGCAACUGCAUGGCCUUUUCAUUUUUUAUUAAUCACUAUUUGAAAACUUCUAAUUUCGGAAUUAUUUGAUGAGUUUUCAAGGACACUGUAAUACCAACUUCUUACAUUCUGUCUGUUUUAGUCUUAUACUACACUGUAGUACAAUGAGAACAUCAAUUUGGUUUCAUUACACCGUACUGAAAGUGUAUGUUUUGUGCAGUUUGUGUUUUAGGUCAUAGCCUUAAAAUCUUGAGUUUGUUCUCUGUUCAUUUGUCUAAACAACCUCUUUUAGAGCUUUAUAUUUUAUCCAGAAAUUUCAGGUACUAUUUUAGACCUUGUUGUAGAUUUUAGCUGAAUGUCUAUGCCUAAUGUCUUAUAUUCAUAUGAUAUUUCUGGGAUUUUCUGAGAACAUUCUGAUUCGUCAUUCUGUUCACUAGACCAAUGCAGAUCCUUGCAAGGAUUAUUAAAGUAUUAGCUGUCUAUUAUACAAUAUGCUAAAGACCUCUGUUAUAAACAACCAUUAUAUUAAAAAGAAUAUAUCUGAAGACCAAGCAAGGGUAUUUUUUACCCUUUUAAUGGUUUCUCCUGUGUUUGUAUGUAACAAAUGCAGUGGUAUUACACACUUUUGAAGUCUUAAUCGGUUCCUGUAUAAGUAUUGGCAUAAUUUUAUGCAUUUGAGCUUGGUUUGAUCAUUAGACAUACUGCAUACUUAAAACUUUAAUACUUAACUCUUAAUUAACCUUAAUGAUUUCAUUGUAUUUUUUGUUAUUCAUUUAAUACUUUUGGCAUUCCAUUACAGUUAGUGUCCUCAUUGAUUGUGAUUUAAAGUUGCUGCUGGAGCAGAUAUGAAUGAAUGUUUAAGAAAUACAUUUUUCCCCACUUACAUAUUUUGCUGAAAACCAGAAGAUCCCUAUUGGCUGAUAAAUAGGCAGUUUAAUUUGAUUACAAAUUUUUACAUGCUGUUAAAUCACAUUUUGUACCUUAUAUUUCACUGCAGUUCAAACAUCUCUGUAUUGUAUUGUGAAAAUAAAUUAUUUAGAUGAUCACUGAAGAAUGACUUGUGUUUGCUUUGUAGGUCCAUGUAAACAUGCUAACGCCCUUCUUUUAUUACAUUUAAGACUGAUGAGGAGUAAUUUAUGCACAUCAGGUACAGAAAAUUCCAAAGAUUUCCCUGUGACUCUCACAUACUGCUUCUUACUGAGAACACUGGAUCUGGAUCUGUUUUCACUGAAGCAGGGAGAAAGUGAAAUGAGUCAGUCUCAGAAUGAAAGCAUGUUACCACACGAUACAUCAGAAUGCAGUCAGUUACAACAUAAUUGCAUGGGAGCGGUUACGAUGUCACAUAUUGUAAAAAAGAAAAGAAAAAAAAAGGUGACAUGCGUACAAUGAGGAACAGGUGACAAUACACGCUUUCCUUCCUCCUGCGUUACACCACAGCUGCACUGAAGACACACAAGAGGCCACACAGACCUAGAGCGAUGGCUUCUUCCGUCAGUUCCCAGGCUGAACAGUGCCUGUGUUCAAUAUGUCAGGAUUUCUUCAUUGACCCAGUAACCAUUCCGUGCGGACACAACUUCUGCAUGGCAUGUAUCAGUCAACACUGGGACUGCAGUAUGGAGACUCGAUGCCCCCUUUGCAAGAAGAACUUGCAUUUGAGACCAGAUCUUGGCAUCAAUAGAGAAUUCAGAGAGCUUGUAGAAGGGCUGAAGAGGGUGGAAAGUCCUGUCCAACCUGGUGCAGUACCAUGUGAUGCCUGUACAAAAAUAAAGAGAGGAGCUUUGAAGUCUUGCUUGCACUGUGAAGGAUCGUUCUGUAAAAUACACCUAGAGCCUCAUAACACUGUAGCAAAACUGAAGAAACACAAACUUAUCAACCCUGUGGAGAAUCUGGAGGAUUAUAUCUGCCCGAAGCAUGAGAAGCCGCUGGUGCUGUUCUGCAGAGAUGAUCAGAAGUGUGUGUGCCUGUCGUGCACGACAAAAGACCACAGAAGCCACAACACUGUUCCUGUAGAGGAGGAGAGUGAAGAAAGGAAGUCCCAGUUCGGGAGAAGACAAGCCGAGGUUAAUUUGAUGAUUCAGAACAGAAUAAAGAAAACUGAAGAAAUCAAAUGCUCAGUACAGCUUGCCAAGCAAAGCUCAGAAAAAGAAAAAGCAGACAUUGUCGAGCUGUUCACUGAUCUGAUGCGCUCCAUUGAGAGAUGUCGGGAUGAGCUGCUGGAGGUGAUGGAGCAGAAGCAGAAAGCUGCAGAAACACAGGCUGAGGGGUUCAUUAAAGAGCUGGAGCAGGAAAUCACUGAGCUCAAGAGGAGAAACACUGAGCUGGAGCAGCUCUCACACACUGAGGAUCACCUGCACCUCCUACAGGUCUACUCAUCUGUGUGCAGCCCCCCAGAAGUCAAGAGCUGGACAAACAUCAACAUUAAGACUGAUCUACUCAACACAGACAUUCUGGAUAAAGCUCUUACUUGCCUCAAGGAAAAAGUCAACAAGGAACUGAAAAAAAUCCAUGAUAUCAAGCUAAAGAGGAUUGAGAAGUUUACAGUGAAUGUGACUAUGGAUCCUGAAACAGCUCAUCCAAAACUCUUCUUGUCUGAGGAUGACAAACAAGCUGGAUAUGGAGAAACACGACAGAUUGUCCCGGACAGUCCGUGGAGGUUUGAUACAUGUCCCAGUGUCCUGGGGAAGGAAGGAUUCUCCUCUGGGAAAUUUUAUUUUGAAGUGCAGGUGAAAGGGAAAACUGAGUGGGAUUUAGGUGUGGCGAGAGAGUCUGUUAACAGGAAGGGAAUAAUUACGCUGAGUCCAAGGAAUGGACUCUGGACUCUAUGGUUGAGGAAUGGAAGUGAGUAUAAGGCCUGUGACUGCCUGUCUGUCUCUCUCUGUCUGAAAGUCAAGCCCCAGAAGGUGGGUGUGUAUGUAGAUUAUGAGCAGGGUUUGGUCUCCUUUUAUGAUGUGGAGUCCAGGUCUCAUAUCUACUCUUUCACUGGUCAGUCUUUCACUGAGAAACUCUAUCCAUAUUUCAGCCCAGGCUUUACUUGUGGAGAUAAAAAUUUCACCUGUCGGCAAGAAUAAAUGUAUUUUGGCAAAUUAUAACCAUUUGUAAAAAAUAAAAUAAAUAAAUAAAUAAA